AUAAGUACAACAAACAAGACCACUCACUAGUCAUCUAUAGUAGCAGCAAAAAAGAUUACCCAUUUCCGUGGGAAGUGAAAAUCAAACCAACCAUGAUUUCCUCCAAACUCUCCUUGCUGAUCACGGUGGCACUGAUGGCGGCAACCACCACACUAACGGUGGCCCAAACUCCGUCGUGUGCUGCUCAGUUAGUACCAUGUGCACCUUACCUCAACUCAACCAAACCACCGGCUUCUUGUUGUGACCCACUUAGAGAAGCCGUGACCAAAGAUCUUGAUUGUCUCUGCACGCUGUACGAAAAUCCUACGUUGUUGCCUUCUCUUGGUAUUAAUGUUACUCAAGCACUUGCUCUUCCUAAGGCCUGUAACAUCCCCGGCGAUGUUAGCGCUUGUAAAGCUGCUGCUCCAAAAAGUUCAGGUUCUUCUCCUUCUGGGACAACGCCAGUCACACAAGCUGCAAAAGAUAAAAAUGGAGUGAGCAGGAUUGCAUGGACCGGAAUCUCAAGCUUACUCGUACUCUGUGCUUCUAUCGUGCUUGCUUAAAUUAUUGAUUGUGUUCUUCUAAUAUUGGAGAAUCUUGAUUUCUUUAUUUCGGUAUUAUUUAGAGAAUAGACAGAUUGCACUACAAGCCUUUAUCUCUUGUACUCUGACGUUUUGCAUUCUGUUGUCUGCUGAGGUGAACUAAAUUGAUGUAUGAGCUCUUUAAUUGUUUUACUAUUUGCAUACUUUGUGUUUACAUGUUCUUGAUGUAUUCGUGGGAUUUGUUAAGCGAAAUUGGAGGUUAAUACGAGCAAGGGCCUCUUUUUCUCUUGUC